UGAGCGUAUGGUGCGUGUAAUAUUUACAGGAAACAUUUCUGCAUUUGAUUGAUUCAAAAGGAAGCUUUGUUACGACAUAUUGUCAUUAUAGCGAAGAGGCAACUUCUCUCAGUCGCGGAAUCCCUAUACUCGGCGAAGGAUCUUCCCAGUUGACUAUGUUUUGCACAUGUUAGGAGUUAUUUGCUUUCAGAUAACACCGUGAAGUAGAGUUUUAUGAGGUAAAGGAGGUUUCGGGAAUUAGGACAACAAAAAGUAAUAUCAGUGGUUAGAUGUUUGGUAUAUAUAUGUUUGUGAAGUAUGGAUAAGUAUAAGAAGCAGAAUAAUAUUUUGAAAUUUCUCUUUUAUAUAAUCAUUCCACGCCCACGGCCUGUGACAAUGUGGAAAAUUGUCAAGUAUUCGGAAUACCAGGGGUGUGUUGGAUAAUAAACAUAUUUCGAGCACUCUGUCGUCAAUUUGAAUACGCUCUCAUUAUUUGUUUAUGAUUUAUCACGGAAUAGAAUGCUUACCAUUCAAACUAAAGUAAAUCUUUAUAAAUAAAAUGGGAACAUCUCUUUGCUUUGCCUUCUGGAAGGCAAUUAAUCGAAAAAAGACAUUGACUGAAGACUUGUUGCAAACAGGUGAGAUUUGAAAAAAUGUCUCAAUCUCGUCGACCUCACAUUUCUAGCUAUCGGCUCGAUGGUUGGAAGUGGAUUAUAUGUUAUGACGGGUACGAUAGCCCACAAUGUUGCAGGUCCGUCCGUGAUAAUUAGUUACAUAAUAGCUGCGGUGGCAUCUGGUCUCUCUGCUAUUUGUUAUGCUGAAUUCGGAGCCAGAAUUCCCAUAACUGGUUCGGCGUAUCAAUUCACUUAUAUUAGCAUCGGAGAAUUUUGGGCUUUUAUCAUUGGAUGGAAUGUACUUAUUGAACAUAUAGUUGUGGGAUCCGCCGUAGCAAAGGCAUGGAGUGGUUAUCUUGAUGCCGCAUUCGGAAAUGUUGUUCAAAAUUAUCUUUUACAAAACGCUCCAAUGGCCGAUGGCGGUAUGUUCGCAAGAUAUCCGGAUCUCAUUGCUAUUGCUGUUUUGAUAAUAAUAACAGUAAUUCUUGCAACUGGUGCCAAGAUAUCUUCGUUGGUAACAACAGGAUUUGCUGGACUUAAUCUGCUCAUUGUGGUUAUCAUAAUUGGUACUGGUUUUUACCUGGGUGAUACCAAUAAUUGGACUGAUGUUGAUGGCGGAUUUUUUCCAUACGGAUUUUCUGGGACUAUGAGCGGAGCUGCCAGCCUAAUAUUUGCCUAUGCUGGAUACGAAGCCAUUGGAACCGCCACAGAAGAAGCGUUGAAUCCGAACAGGGAUAUACCACUAUCACUUCUCAUCGGAUUGUCGGUAGUUGCAACAGCGUAUGUUGGUGCAUCAGCUUCUCUUACAUAUAUGAUUCCUUACAACAUGAUUUACGAUUUAGCUCCAUUUCCUAAUGCGUACAUACAAUAUGGAUGGAACUGGGCAAGGUACAUCGUCUCGAUCGGUGCACUCGCUGCCAUGACAACAGCUAUGUUAACUUCGUUGUUUAUCGUACCAAGGUAUUUUCUUGCAAUGUCUAGAGAUGGGUUACUGAUGGAAAUAUUUGCAAGAGUCAACGAGAAAACAAAAGUUCCUAUAUUUUCUAUCGUGACUUGCGGACUAGUAUGUGUACUAUUUGCUUUUGCAUUUGAAGUUGAUGCACUUGUAGAAUUCGUCUCAAUUGGACAACUAAUUGCGUGCACUUUCGUCGCAAUUUGCGUCAUAAAACUUCGAUAUCAACCAAAUUCCAUUACGAGAUUCAUGGAUACAUAUACCAUUAAUGAAAACCAAUCUGAUGCAUCGGAAAAAUCUCCGCUGAUGUCGCAUGUGGUAAAAACUGCUGAGAAAGAUGAGACAAAAACCCAAAGUGCUUCGGGUUUAUCUUCUAAUUCCGAAGUAACCAUCUUCGAGGAGACUUGGCCAAAUGUUGAUCAAGGAGUCGGUAGUGUGAAAGCCGAAAUUUUAUCUAGCAAAUUUGGUUUUCUUUUUCAACCUCUAGUGAAAUUUGAAGCCGGAGAAGUUCCAAAUUAUCUUCUAAUGUUGGCAACUUUUGCUAUUACCGUUACAUCUGCACUCGGCAUAUUCACUCAAGAUUACAUUUCUUCGUGGUGGAACAUUGCUCUGAUUUUUAUAUUUUCAUCCAUCGCGACAGUAUCAAUUCUGCUAUUGCUCGUAUUCAAGCAAGACGAAAGCAUCAAAACUUUCAAGGUUCCUGGAGUUCCGUUUGUCCCAUUUCUCAGUGCAAUCAUAAAUAUUAUUCUUAUUUUAAAACUUCAGCCAAUGACUUGGUUAAGACUUGGAAUUUGGUGCAUAUUGGGUUUGGCAAUAUAUUUUGGUUACGGAUAUAAUCACAGUGCAGAAAGAAAGCGAAGAUGAUAAUAUGUGUUUUGCAUGGAGGAAUCGUUUUGUUUAAAAUUCAUCAGAGAAACAUUUAGAUUACUUUUGUAUUUUUAUACCUAUAUUAUUUAUGUUGUUAUAUCAGAUAAAUAAGACUAUAUAUACUAUAUAGUAUACAUAUA